AUGGCCCCUUCCAUCGCCGACCUCGUGGACGACUCGACAUACCAACCCUCGAUGCCCGCCAAACCCACACAACGAGAAGGCCAUUUGAUGCACCGAUCUCUAGUACAACACCCAUACAUGGUCGAAUCAGCAAAGGGUAUUGAGUUGAGAUUGUCCGAUGGACAAAAGAUCAUCGAUGCCUGCGGUGGUGCGGCAGUUGCUCUCAUCGGCCACGGCAACGAAGAAGUCAUCCAAGCUAUCACCGACCAAGCCCGCAAGGUCAGCUACGUCCAUACACAGUCCUAUACAACCGCGCCGGCCGAGGAGCUUGCCGAUCUUCUCCUGCAAGGCAAUCCCUACGACCUCGAGAAAGCUUUCUUCGUUGGCAGCGGUAGCGAGGCUGUUGAAUCAGCACUGAAGCUUGCCCGUCAAUACCAUUACGAAAAGGGAGACCUAGACAGAGUCCAUAUUGUGUCCAGACGCCAAUGUUAUCACGGCAACACAAUGGCAACUAUGUCGAUCUCUACCAAUAUCGCCCGACGAGCCCCAUAUCAAGGGUUCCUGUACCCCAACGUUUCUCAUGUGUCCCCUGCUUCUGCGUAUCACUACAAGGAGGAGAGCGAGACUGAAAGUCAAUACACCGAUAGACUUCUCGUAGAACUCGAAGAGGAGUUCUUGCGGAUUGGUCCAAAGAAUAUCGCUGCGUUCAUCGCCGAGACAGUGGUCGGUGCAACUUCCGGCUGCGUUGCUGCCCCUUCCGCAUACUUCAAAGGCGUUCGAGCCCUGUGCGAUAGCUAUGGAGUUAUCAUGAUCCUAGACGAAAUCAUGUGUGGCGUUGGGCGUACGGGUACCUUCUUUGCUUUUGAACAAGAGGGAGUCGUCCCUGAUAUCGUCACAGUCGCCAAAGGUCUCGGUGGCGGAUACGCAGCCAUCGCCGGAGUCCUAAUUCAUAAGACAGUGGUUGACGUCCUUAGGCAGGGAUCGGCAGCAUUCAACCACGGGCACACAUACCAAGCCCAUCCCAUUUCAUGCGCUGCGGCUUUAGCUGUACAGAAGAUCGUUAAGCGCGAGGGGCUGGUUGAACGGUGCUCCAAGAUGGGAUUGAUCCUCGAGAGACUACUACGAUCUGAGCUUGGUGAGUGUGACUCGGUAGGAGAUAUCCGUGGCCGGGGUCUGUUCUGGGCUGUGGAGUUUGUCAAAGACAGAGCGUCCAAGGAAUCAUUUGACCCAUCCGUCAAGUUUGGUUUGUUAGUGCAACAGUUGGCUUUCGAAAAAGGUGUCGCGUUAUAUCCCGGUGGUGCGACUGUUGAUGGUGUCAGGGGUGAUCAUAUCCUACUGGCACCGCCGUUUACAGCCACAGAGGAACAGUUGAGAACUAUUUGCCGAAUACUUAAAGAGGCAGUGGUCCAGGCGGAGGGUAUGGUGCCAUUUGCCUGA